AUGUCUGCCGCCAAGCUUUCCGCCGAUGUUCUCUUCCAGAUGGCCAAGGCCCGCCGCACCAUCUACGCCCUGGACAAGAACCUCACCAUCUCUACCAGCCGCAUCCAGGAACUCGUCAACGAAGCCACCCUCCACACCCCAUCCUCCUUCAACUCGCAGUCCAACCGAGCUGUCGUCCUUUUCGGCGCUGAACACGACAAGCUCUGGGACAUUGCCACCUCAACGUUGCGAGCCAUCGUCCCCGACGACAAGUGGAAGCACACCGAGGAUCGCAUGACCAUGUUCAAGAACGCUGCCGGCACUAUCCUCUUCUUCGAAGACCAAGACGCCGUUAAGGGCAUGCAGGCCGCUUUCCCUGCCUACGCCGACCGUUUCCCCAACUGGGCCAGCCAGAGUGCCGCUAUGCAGCAGCUUCUCCUCUGGACUGGCCUCGAGCUCGAGGGCCUUGGUGCCAACUUGCAGCACUACAAUCCCCUGAUUGACGUACAAGUUGCUGAUACCUGGAACCUCCCCAAGAGCUGGAAGCUCAAUGCCCAGCUGGUCUUUGGCGGCCGUGCUGGUGAACCGGGUGAAAAGGAGUUUAAGCCUCUCGAGGAGCGCGUCAAGGUCUUUGGUGCUUAG